GAUACGGCUGCCCAGCUCACUCACUCACUCACUCCGCGAUGAAGCUCUCCCCCUCAACCCUCGCCGCGGCUGCGAUCGCCUUCUCUAGCCAGCUCGCCGGCGUCCGCGCGCACUACAACUUCCCGGAGCUGAUCGUCGGCGGGACCAACACCAGCGCGUGGCAGUAUGUCCGCCAGACGAACAACUGGCAGGACUUCAACCCGCAGACGAACGUCACGGCGCCGGAUAUCCGCUGUUACGACUCGAAGAUGUCGGGCACGUCGAGCACCGCGAACGUCAAUGCGGGCGACACGAUCGGGUUCACCAUCGUCGGCACCCCGUCGAAUCUGUACCACCCCGGUGUCGUCAAUGUGUACAUGGCCAAAGCGCCCACAGGCACGGACGUCUCCAAGUGGGAUCCGACCGGCGCCGUGUGGUUCAAGGUGUACCAGAUCAGCGCCAUUACCGACGGAGGCUCGACGAUCACGUGGCCUGCCCUUAACCUGCCGGAGAUCAAGUUCCAGAUCCCCGCUCAGACGCCAGCUGGCCAGUACCUUGUGCGGACCGAGCACAUUGCUCUGCAUGGCGCUCAGGCCUUGGGUGGUGCGCAGUUCUACAUCGCUUGUGCCCAAGUCAACGUCGCCAAGGGUGGAUCGGGAACGCCUGGCCCGUUGGUAGCCUUCCCCGGCGCUUACACUGGUAACGAACCUGGCAUUUUCAUCAACAUCUACUGGCCGAUCCCGCCUACCUACACCCAGCCCGGCCCUCCUGUAUGGCCCGCAACCGGCUCGAGCAGCGGGGGCUCAACCACCACGACUACGAAAGCCGCGGGGCCGCCGGCCACGACCAGCAGCACCGCCAAGCCCCCCGUGACGAGCACGACCGCCGCGGCGCCCCCGACGGGCAGCAGCGCGGCGCAGUACGCGCAGUGCGGUGGCAUGGGCUGGACCGGGCCGACUUCCUGUGUCGCGCCGUACACGUGCACCGCACAGGGCCAGUAUUACUCGCAGUGCCUGUGAUUCGUUUCGUUUUCAUGAUGACGAUGAGGAUGAGGGGGAGGAAUGGAGGUGAAGAUAGCAGGGAUGCACAGACGGAU